AUGGCUGAGGACAGUCUCACCCUGGAGUCUGGGUUUGGGGCCCUGGAGGGACCCGCGCGCGGCCGCUCAGGCCUCCGGGAGAAGCCAGUCCCUGCGGCCGCCAGCCCCACUCUGUCCUCACUGGGCGCCGUCUUCAUCCUCCUGAAAUCUGCACUGGGGGCUGGCCUCCUCAACUUCCCCUGGGCCUUCUACAAGGCAGGUGGGGUGGUCCCCGCCUUCCUGGUGGAGCUGGUCUCCUUGGUCUUCCUCAUCAGCGGGCUGGUCAUCCUAGGCUACGCCGCCUCCAUCAGCGGCCAGGCCACCUACCAGGGUGUGGUUGGAGGGCUGUGCGGCCCCACCGUCGGGAAGCUGUGUGAGGCCUGCUUCAUCGUCAACCUGCUCAUGAUCUCCGUGGCCUUCCUCAGGGUGAUUGGCGACCAGCUGGAGAAGCUGAGUGACUUCCUGCUGCCCAGCGCCCCGCCGGCCCCGCCGCCCUGGUACGCCGACCAGCGCUUCACCCUGACCCUGCUCUCCGCGCUGGUCAUCCUGCCCCUGUCGGCCCCGCGGGAGAUCGGGUUCCAGAAACACACGAGCAUCCUAGGCACCCUGGCCGCCUGCUACCUGGCUCUGGUCAUCGUGGUGCAGUACUACCUCGGGCCCCAGGGCCUCAUUCACGAGACCCGGCCUGCACUGAGCCCCUCCUCCUGGACCUCUGUAUUUAGUGUCUUCCCCACCAUCUGCUUUGGGUUCCAGUGUCACGAAGCUGCAGUGUCCAUCUACCGCAGCAUGCGCAACCAGAGCCUCUCGCACUGGGCCCUGGUCUCCGUGCUGUCCCUGCUGGCCUGCUGCCUCAUCUACUCGCUGACAGGGGUUUAUGGCUUCCUGACCUUCGGGACAGAAGUUUCUGCCGACAUCCUGAUGUCUUACCCAGGCAACGACGUGGUCGUCAUCGUGGCCCGGGCUCUCUUCGGGGUCUCCAUCGUGACCGUUUACCCCAUUGCGCUCUUCCUGGGGAGGUCGGUGAUGCAGGAUUUCUGGAGGAGGAGCUGCUGCCGGGCACGUGGGCCCAGGACCCUGGCGGAGCCCUCGGGGCCGUGGGUGCGGGGGCUGCUGACCGUGCUGUGGGUCGCUGUGACGCUGGCCAUGGCCCUGUUCCUGCCUGACCUCAGCGAGAUCAUCGGCAUCAUCGGGGGCAUCAGCUCCUUCUUCAUCUUCAUCUUCCCAGGGCUGUGCCUCAUCUGUGCCGUUGGCGUCGAGCCCAUAGCACCACGAGUCAAGUGCUGCCUGGAGGUGUGGGGAGUGGUCUCCGUGCUCGUGGGCACCUUCAUCUUCGGGCAGAGCACGGUGGCCGCGGCCCUGGAACUCUUCUGA